AUGCACAACUUCGAGUUAUCCGCACCAGGAGCGAUAUGUUUAUAUGGAGACUCUGUGAUAAUGUACAAAAUGACUUGUGUGGGAGCCAGCAUAGGUCUGUAUACCAGACUAACAUUUAAAUCGCUGUGUUCAAAAUCUAUCGAGAGGGAUUUCAUCGAAUUCGAGUACUCCAACAUCAAUUUGCAUAUAAGGGUACCUUUAAUGACAUUUCUCGCAUACUUCUUUCAUGAGAACGUUAAUCGCAAUGCUCAUGUAACUCGGAUACGCGAUGAGGUAGAGAGUUUUGUCAAUUCAUUAAGACGCAUGUACAUCGGCAUGUAUGAACCCAACAAUCGCAAUCAUCUGUUAAGCUUACGGGCGUUCUUCUUUCUGCUCGUGCUUAUUUCAUACACAUCACGUCAUGACAUAAAACAAUCUUUUGUCGUAAAAGUGUCAACGGAAUUGGCGAUCGGACAGGGUCUGGGCAGCUCGGCAUCGCUCGCGGUAUGUUUCGCGGCGUGCUUUUUGCGUUGGUCCAUUCUGCAGAAAGGAAUUGCCAUUGAGGAAUGGGACAUGUUCGGGAAAUCAUUAAUCAUAGAAUUCGCUGCUAUUUGCGAUUCCAUUAUUUUCAAUGCCGAAUCUAAACUUAAAGCCGUUGUAUCGACGUGCGGCUCGGUAGUGGCGUUCAACGAGGGAAAGGUGUCUCGGAUAUAUUUGAAUAUACCUAACAUGAAGAUCAUGUUGGUCUUUUCGAACUUCGGCGUGAGAGUACCAACCGUGAAAGAGAUACAAAGAUAUGUGCUGAAGCAUUCCAUCACUGUUUCCAUCUUAAACAUUGUAGAAAAUAUAUCAAAAAUGUCUGUUCAAACGUUUAACAUGAUUGAAAAGAAAAGGUUGCCCUUACCUGAAAUGGGACACCUCUUUUUACCUUACUACGAAAAGUUAUCGGAAUUUCUACGCAUGAAUCAAGAAAUAUUGUGUGCGAUAUACAUGGUACAUCCGAAUACAAAACUUAUAUGUGCAAUUGCGCAAAAGUAUUUAUUCGCAGGAAAAUCCAUAAGUAUAAAUAAAAGUGCGUUCAUCUUGCUGCCACCAAACAUUACAGACGAAAUAAUAAUACAACUUAUGAGUGAAUUCAACUCGUUUAAUAUGAUCGCCAUAUUAACCAGUUUAUGUUGUGACGGAUUGCGACUGACAGAAACAAUAUAAUAUAGCAGUAAAUUAUAAA